AUGGAGCCACUUAGAAUCUUGGUUAAUGGACCACUAAGCAGGGAUGAAGAAACCAUGAAGGUUUUCUCUUGCAUCCAAAAUGGCAUUUGGAACACUACCAAUCUCUCAGUCGCCCUUCCUGAUAGUGUUAUCAAUAGGAUCGACUUCACUAUCUCCAGUGCCAACAAUGCAAAAAUUGUUAGAAUGUCACUCCUGGUAGAACUGGGGGAUCCACCAGUAAGCCUUGUCGUCAGAGAAGCAAAUAGAGUCGCGGAGAAUCUAGCAAAGGAAGCAGGGAAGUGGACUGAAACAGGCGAAUUGACGAACAAGACCGUCAUCAUAAAUCAGAAGAAAAGAUUGAACGAAGCUAAAGGAAAAUGUAGAGAAAUAUUGCUCGAGGUCCUUUGGGCAUAUCGAACAACGUCGAAAUCCAAUACGGGGGCAACGCCAUUCUCUUUAGUCUAUGGUAUUGAAACUCUGAUACUGGUCGAAGUCGAGGAACCUGGCUUCAUGUUUUGGAAUGCAACGGAAGAGUCAAAUUACGAGGCUUUGAAUAUAAGCCUCGAAUUGUUGUAUGAAAGAUGGGAAGCCGCCCUUGUUCGAAUGGCCGCACCGAAACAGCGAAUCGAGAGGUACUACAGCCGAAGAGCCAAUCUUCCACACUUUAAAACCGGGGACUUACUUUUAAGAAAGGUCACCCUCAAUACUCGAGAUCCAAACGAAGGAAAACUUGGCCUGAACUAG